CCGCAGAGACCCAAAAAAAACAAGAACAACAAAUUAUUAAUCUUUCUGAAGAAGUAAAAAAAAUACUGGAAAAAGACGAAGUAAUUAAGAAACUGGAAAAAAGAAACCAAGAUUUAGAAAGUAUUUUAGAAACUCACACGAAAUUAUUAGAUGAAAAGAGCAACAAAAUCAAGGAAUUAGAACAAAAACCUAGCCUAGAUGGCGAUGAAAAAAGCAGAAAAAAAACCCAAGAAGAAGUAAAAAACAAAAGUGAGAGUGAUUAUCGCAGUUAUUCGAAACAAAGACAAAAGUGUGAAAGUUUAGCUGAGACUAUCGACAAAUUUAUAGGUUAUACUGAAAUUAGAAAUAUUGUUCAGUCUGGUCAUGGCGAAUUAUGUUACCGAGAUUAUUUUGCCUAUGAAGAAAGGCUUUUUCGUAGCGAGAAAGAACAAGAAGUAUACAAUUCACUUAAACAAAAAUGGGAGCAGAGAUGA